AUGAGCUGCCCCUUGAAGAGAGCCCAGUUGCUCAGGUCCUUCCUGACGCUGCGCGAUGCCAGCUCUCAGCAGCAGCAGCAAUCCCGGCUGCCCACAUCCUCCGCCUGCGCCUUCCAUCCUAAGGCAGAGGAGGUGGCGCCGAGCGAGCCGGCUCCCCUCUGCAGGGGGCACCCUCUCUCCGCCCUGCCCGGCCCCACCAACUGGCCCCUGCUGGGCAGCCUGCCGGAUGUUCUCUGGAAAGGGGGGCUCAAGAAGCAGCACGAGACGCUGGCUGAUUACCACCGAAAAUAUGGGAAGAUUUUCCGCAUGAAGCUGGGCGCCUUUGACUCAGUUCACAUCGGAGCCCCCUGCUUGUUAGAAGCUCUGUACCGGAAAGAGAGCGCUUACCCCCAGAGGCUGGAGAUCAAGCCCUGGAAAGUUUACCGGGACUACAGAGACGAGGGCUACGGGCUCCUGAUCCUAGAAGGAAAGGACUGGCAGAGAGUAAGAAGUGCCUUUCAAAAGAAGUUAAUGAAGCCCACAGAAAUCGCAAAACUGGAUACCACAGUCAAUGAGGUCCUGGUGGAUUUCAUGCAUAGAAUAGAUGAUCUUUGUAACCACAAUGGUAAAAUUGAAGACAUAUAUUCAGAAUUCAACAAAUGGUCCUUUGAAAGUAUCUGCUUGGUGUUGUAUGGGAAGAGGUUUGGACUCCUGCAGCAGGAUGUGGGAGAAGAAGGCCUGAACUUCAUCAAGUCUGUAAAAACGAUGAUGGCUACUUUCGGGAUGAUGAUGGUGACCCCAGUUGAACUUCAUAAAAGUCUGAACACAAAAGUCUGGCAAGCUCAUACUAACGCAUGGGACAAUAUCUUUAAAACAGCCAAGUGUUCGAUUGACAGCAGACUGGAGAAAUAUUCUGCCAAUCCCAGUGAAGAUUUCCUGUGCGACAUUUACUUUGGGAGUCAACUCUCCAAGAAGGAACUGUAUGCUGCUAUCACAGAGUUCCAGAUUGCAGGAGUUGAAACGACUGCCAAUAGUCUACUGUGGGCUCUGUAUAACAUUUCACGCAAUCUCCACGUUCAACAGAAGCUUUUCCAGGAAAUACAGAGUGCGGUGUCUGCUAAUGAGAGUCCAGAUGCUAAGGACCUGAAGAAAAUGCCUUACCUAAAAGCAUGUCUGAAAGAAUCUAUGAGGAUAACACCAUCUGUGCCAUUUACCACUCGCACUCUUGACAAAGAAACAGUGCUUAAGGACUAUGUACUACCUGAAGGGACAGUGUUGAUGUUAAACAGUCAUGCCUUGGGAUCCAAUGAAGAGUACUUUAGUGACUGGACUACAUUUAAACCGGAGCGUUGGCUUCAGAAGAAUAUAAUAAAUCCUUUUGCUCAUAUUCCUUUUGGCAUUGGGAGGAGGAUGUGCAUUGGGCGUCGCUUAGCUGAACUACAACUUCAUUUAGCUCUUUGCUGGCUUGUUCGCAGAUAUCAGAUUAUAGCAACUGAUAGUAAACCAGUAGAAACUCUGCAUUCAGGAAUACUAAUCCCCAGCCGAGAACUUCCAAUUGCCUUUAGAAGACGAUGAGGUAAAGUGGAUAAGUGCCUUUGGAACACAGUAGACUCCAUUCUGCUCUAUGUAGUAGUAUGCCACUUCGAAAUUCAGUGGGACUGUUCAGGCAGAGCAGAUUUUGGCCUGUACAAUCUAACAUUGUUGCAUGAAGAUUCAUAUUUCUUAGAGGUCAUUAUGCUUCACUGCCUUUAAAUAACUCUUGUAAACUGCAAAAGAAGCUAGGAAUUGCAUAAUAGGUUGAUAUAGCUUUCCAGCCUUUGAUUGUAUUAAGUACAAUGGGCCACAACAGUCCGCUUCUGUCCUCCAGACAGAUAACAAAAACCCACCCAUUUUUCCCCCCAAUUAUAUCAUUCAUUAGCUGGAAUCCAGUAGAUGUUUUUCUUCUGCAUUUCAAGAAGGCAUGAUCCUGAAAAUAGCAUUAGAUUUUUCCAAUGUACUAAAUCAGAGUGUUGGUCUAUCUAGUUUUACCAGUGGCAAACAAUUGAUCCUGACGAUAAAGGCAA